AUGGCGCAAAACUCCCCUUUCGACCUGGGCGCUGGUCUCGACCUCCUCAAAACCCUCGGCCUUGGAGGGGGCGGCAUGCCGCAGCAUCCCUCAGGACCACCACAACACGGCCAAUUGUCCCAAGCUGAGCGCGCCUUCUCCGCAGGCUCCAGCCUGCUCUCCGGCGCCAUGGCCAUUACCGCGACCCAGGUCAUGGGCGCACCACUCAAGCUUAUCAACGAAGAGUACUACAACCACUACAUGGCCUUUACGAAGCAGGCCUUCGCCGUGCUCAUCACCACCAUUACCAACUGGUGGAGUCCGACCAUUGUCCGCGUAAGCGCAGACGCCAGCAUGCGUGGGCAGUUGUCCCAGGACGAGAAGGGGGAUCUGCGAUGCCACUUCCCGCACCGGAUCGUGCUGAUGGCGAACCACCAGCUCUACACAGAUUGGCUGUACCUGUGGUGGAUUGCCUAUACUAAUGGCAUGCACGGGUACAUCUACAUCAUCCUCAAGGAGUCCAUCAAGAACAUUCCCAUUUUUGGGUGGUCGGCCCAGUUCUACAACUUCAUCUUCCUGUCGCGGAAGUGGGAGAAGGACAAGUCGCGGUUCAAGGAGCACUUGGAUAAGCUCAACAAGCCGCGGGACCCGAUGUGGUUGCUUAUCUUUCCUGAGGGGACCAACCUGUCCAAGUCCACAAGGGAGCGUAGCAAGGAAUGGGCCGAGAAGAACGGACUGGAGGACAUGAAGCAUCAACUUCUGCCGCGGAGCACCGGACUGCACUUCUGUCUGGAGGAGUUGAAGGGGACGACAGACUGGUUGUACGACUGCACGAUUGCCUACGAAGGCGUGCCGGAAGGUCAAUUUGGCCAAGACAUCUUCACGCUCCGCUCCUCGUUCUUUGAAGGCCGUCCCCCGAAGUCAGUAAACAUGCACUGGCGUCGCUUCAAAAUCGCCGACAUCCCUCUCGAGAACCCCAAGGCCUUCGAAGUCUGGCUCCGCAACCGGUGGCGCGAGAAGGACUACAUGCUCGAGUUUUACGCGCGUACAGGCAGGUUCCCGGCUGAGGAGUUUUGGAAAGUUCAAGGUCCGCGGACGAAGGAGCCCGGAAAAGCGAAGUACAUUGAGACGGAAGUCAAGUCGGGAUCGUGGGAGGAAUUCCUAUCGCUCUUCGCGCCAAUCACCGCACUCAUCUCCGUCCUCUUCCUUUUCUACUCUGAUCCGAGCAAACUCUUGCAAGGUGGCGGGCCAGGUGCACCUUCGGAAUCCGGCGAGUCAACGAUGCAAUCGGCGAUGCUGAAGGAGAUGCAGGCCGCAACAGCCGCUGGCGCAACAGCCAUGCCCUCGGGCAAGAAGAAACCCACAGCCUCGAGUUCAUCCAGCUCAGACGCAGGUCCAGUGUACAAGAAUUUGACGUCAGCACAGAAGGCGUCGAUAAAGCGGCAAGUAGCCGGUGGCGCACCCCCAAAAGCCAAAGUGCAGGCCAAAGUGCAGGCUGCCAGCUUGCCGAAGAUCGAGCCCAAGGUGCCAGUCACGAAGCAAAUGGCCGCUGCGGCGAAGCCGGCGCGCGUUCAAGCAUCUUCGGUGGCGGGGAAGAAGCCACAAGUCGCCACCGCCGAUGCGAAGAAGGCUGCGAAUGCCAUCAGCGGCGGCAAAGCUAGCAGCGUUACUGCUUCGAAGAAGCCCGCCACUGCGGGAGGAGCGAAGAGCGUUGCCAGCUUACCGAACAGGGCAAGGCCGGGCAGCGCAAUGGGUUCGGUUGCUUCUCUGCCUGUUGGUGCGUCUGCUGCAAACUUCGUCCCUGCGAGGCAGGCUGCGAAGGAUACAGCGUUGAAGAAAGCGGCUGCAGGGAUGGCUCCGCAGAAGGCUGGGGAGGGCAAGAAGCCUGCUGCUGCGACUAAGGCGCCGGCCAAGGCUAGCACAGCUGCGCCGAAAGUGCAGAAGCAGCCGGAGAGUGCAGCGCCGCCGAGCAUCAAGGUGGACAAGAAGCUGUUGGAUAAGAUGGUGCCGAAGAAAGGCGAGGAGUUCAUGAAGAUCGACCCGGAAACGCUGAAGAAGAUACAGGCGGGGAUGAAGAAGUGA